GUGGGGGGGGGGGCGGCCCUGGUGUAGGGGCUGUGGCGGUGCGCGUGGACCCGGUGCGGUGGCUGCGGUUGCUGCGGGGCUGACGAGAAACUACUAAAGUUCCUGUGGACGCAAAGUAGAAUUUCAUAAGAACAUAAUGGAUGGAGAAGAGAAAACCUAUGGUGGCUGUGAGGGCCCUGACGCCAUGUAUGUCAAAUUGAUAUCUUCGGAUGGUCAUGAAUUUAUUGUAAAAAGAGAACAUGCUCUAACAUCAGGAACAAUAAAAGCCAUGUUGAGUGGCCCAGGUCAAUUUGCUGAGAACGAAACGAAUGAAGUCAAUUUUAGAGAGAUCCUUUCACAUGUGCUGUCAAAAGUAUGCAUGUAUUUUACCUACAAGGUUCGCUACACUAACAGCUCCACGGAGAUUCCUGAAUUUCCAAUUGCACCUGAAAUUGCACUGGAACUGCUGAUGGCUGCAAACUUCCUAGAUUGUUAAAUAAAAUAAAUUAUAAUAAACUGUUAACUUUUUUCAGUAUUUAAUACCCGUAGUUCAGUUAGUAAUUUUUUCAUAUAUAGCAUGUUGCCUGUGUGCAAUUGAACUUUAAAGUUCGUUGCAAAGCAGAUUAUCUUCUGUUCUUUUGCAUAGCAAUCAGAGUUGAAAUUUGUUUGCUACAUCAACAAAUUAAGGACAUUUUCACAAAUUGAGAAAUAAACAAAUAUGCCAAUUCUUAGGUGGUUUUGCCUUAUCCUUUGGAUGUGAUUUUUAAAGUUAGAGCAGUGGUGAUAUAGUAAAUGCUGAAAUUUAGGCAUAAGCUCAACACGUUCUACAGGUAAAUAAUGGGGCUACAUAUUUUUAUGUUUUUAGUGUUUUUUUAAAAACCUAUUCUGAUCUUAGAGCUGUCAUUAGCAUUACUAGAGUUAUGCAAUUGCAUAUAAUUGCAUUAUAAACAUGUUUAUAACUUAGCCAAAAUAUUGAUUUUUAUAACUGUCAAAGACAUGAGAGUUGAAAUUUCUUAUGUGUCUUUUGAUAAACUGCAGUAUUGUUUAAGUGU